UGCGGGCUGCCUGUAGGGGGCUUCUAGGGACCGCUGGUGUUGUCAUGUGACAGUCGCCUGUCUGGGCGCAGGGGGGUUAACAGAAGAUGGCGACGUGCGGGGGUCCGGUGUGCUGCUGCUGCUGCUGUUGCUGCGGGGACCGGGAGAGCCGCACCCCAGAGGAGCUGACUAUUUUGGGGGAGACGCGUGAAGAAGAUGAGGAGAUCUUACCCCGUAAAGAUUAUGAAAGUUUGGACUAUGACCGAUGCAUCAAUGACCCCUACCUGGAAGUGCUGGAAUCUAUUACCCGCAAGAGGUCCCGGCGGUAUGAGGUGUUGCGAUGGAUCAUGGUGUUUGCCAUCGGCGUCUGCACAGGACUGGUUGGACUAUUCGUGGAUUACUUUGUUCGCCUAUUUUCUCAGUUUAAGUUCCGAGUGGUACAAGACUCUGUGGAGGACUGUACAGACCGAGGAUGCCUUGCCCUCUCCCUCCUGGAACUACUUGGGUUCAACUUGACUUUUGCCUUCUUUGCAACAUUAUUCGUCCUCAUCCAGCCUGUGGCAGCCGGCUCUGGAAUUCCGGAGAUCAAAUGUUAUCUGAAUGGUGUGAAGGUUCCUGGUGUGGUCCGUCUCAGGACACUCGUCUGUAAAGUUCUGGGGGUCUUAUUCAGUGUGUCUGGAGGACUUUUUGUGGGAAAGGAAGGACCAAUGAUUCACAGUGGGGCGGUUGUGGGAGCAGGGCUGCCUCAGUUCCAAAGUAUUUCCUUCCAGAAGAUCCGCUUUGACUUCCCUUAUUUCCGCAGUGACAGGGACAAGAGGGACUUUGUGUCCGCUGGAGCUGCUGCAGGGGUGGCUGCUGCUUUUGGUGCUCCUAUCGGGGGGACACUCUUCAGCUUGGAAGAAGGAUCCAGCUUUUGGAAUCAGGGACUUACAUGGAAAGUGCUCUUCUGCUCCAUGUCUGCCACAUUUACAUUGAAUUUUUUCCGAUCUGGGAUUCUGUUUUCAAGCUGGGGGUCCUUCCAAGUGCCUGGUCUGCUCAAUUUUGGGGAAUUCAAGUGCUCUGACUCGGACAAGAAGUGUCACCUGUGGACGGUGUUGGACUUGGCCUUCUUCAUUAUCAUGGGGGUGGUUGGGGGGUUGCUUGGAGCCACAUUUAACUGCUUGAAUAAGAGACUAGCAAAAUACCGGAUGAAGAACGUGCACCCCAAGCCAAAGCUUAUCAGAGUUUGUGAGACUCUCUUAGUCUCUUUAGUCACUACCGUCAUUGUCUUUGUCUCAUCCAUGGUCCUGGGAGAGUGUCGGUCACUCACCCCCCCUAAUGACUGGAAUAAUAGCACCAUCGCCAUGCAGGUCUCCUCUUCUGAUGAAAUCAAUUCCAGCAUCAAAACGUUCUUCUGUCCUAACAACACCUACAAUGACAUGGCCACGCUGUUCUUCAAUCCCCAGGAGUCGGCCAUCUUUCAGCUCUUCCACCAGGAUGGCACUUUCAGUCCAGUUACUCUGUCUUUCUUCUGCUGUGUGUACUUCCUCCUGUCCUGCUGGACGUAUGGGAUGUCUGUUCCCAGUGGUCUGUUUGUCCCCUCCUUGCUCUGCGGGGCUUCAUUUGGUCGCUUGGUUGCUAACCUCCUGAAAAGUUACUUGGGACUGACUCAUAUCUACUCUGGAACAUUUGCCCUGAUUGGAGCUGCGGCUUUCCUGGGCGGUGUGGUCCGCAUGACCAUCAGCCUCACCGUCAUCCUCAUUGAAUCAACCAAUGAGAUCUCCUAUGGAUUACCUAUAAUGAUCACACUUAUGGUCGCCAAGUGGACGGGUGAUUUCUUCAACAAAGGCAUCUACGAUAUCCAUGUGGCGCUGAGAGGUGUUCCUCUGCUGGAGUGGGAGACAGAGGAGGAGAUGGACAAGUUGAGAGCCUGCGAUAUCAUGGAGCCCAAUCUGACUUAUGUGUACCCCCAUACUCGUAUCCAGUCCUUGGUCAGCAUUCUGCGCACCACCGCCCAUCACGCCUUUCCCGUGGUGACUGAGAACCGAGGGAAUGAAAAAGAAUUUAUGAAAGGAAACCAGCUGAUCAGCAACAACAUCAAGUUUAAGAAGUCCAGUAUCCUGACCCGGGCAGGCGAGCAGCGGAAGAGGAGUCAGUCUAUGAAGUCUUACCCAUCCAGCGAAUUGCGGAACAUGUGUGAUGAGCAGCUGGCUGCAGAAGAACCGGUUGAGAAAGAAGACAUGCUUCAGCAAAUGCUAGAGCGGAAGUACACCCCUUAUCCUAACCUGUACCCUGACCAGUCACCUAGUGAGGAGUGGACCAUGGAGGAACGCUUCCGGCCUCUGACGUUCCACGGAAUCAUCCUGCGCUCCCAGUUGGUCACAUUAUUAGUGAGGGGCGUCUGUUACUUUGAGACGCAGUCUAGUGCCAGCCAGUCGCGCCUUUCCCAUGCCGAGAUGUCGGAGGAUUAUCCCCGUUUCCCUGACAUCCAUGAUGUCAACCUGACGCUCCUCAAUCCACGAAUGAUUGUGGACGUCACUCCAUACAUGAACCCAUCCCCGUUCACAGUGUCACCAAACACCCAUGUCUCACAGGUAUUUAACCUGUUCAGAACCAUGGGGCUUCGGCAUCUGCCAGUGGUGAAUGCAGUGGGAGAGAUAGUUGGAAUAAUAACGCGGCAUAAUUUAACCCAUGAAUCUCUACAAGCUCGGCUGAGGCAGCACAGCAUGACCUCCUGAUACUGCCGCUCUCCCUGAACUAGGAACUCAUCCAGGAAUUGGAACCUUUACAGUUGCCCUGAUGCGGGUGGUUGAGCUUUCCAAAGACUCCUAGCGUGGGUUCUGCCAUAAUGAAGAUGGUUUCUUGUAACCCCUCCAGCGCCGGCCCGCUCCAGCUCUCUCUUUCUGCACCUUCUUACCUCUUUAUAUAAGCUGAGAUCAUCUUUCUGUUAAGUACUGCUUUAUAUUCUGGGAGGAGGUUACAGUUUGCAUGAGAACAAACUUUUUUUCCAUUUUUAAAAGGACCCUCCAACCUACGUACGUCUUAAUGCUGCUCCUGUUACGGUUGGUGCCAUAUGGAGGUUUGUUGAUCUAGAGAAAUGGCUGAGAACCAUCCAGUCCCCACGCGCAGAUGAUUGGUUAUGAGGUCCAUGUAUCUGUAGUCACGCCAGUCUCUUCGGCCAAUGUUCACCUGUCAUAGGGAUUAUAUUUUCCUGGCUUGUAUCUCUUGGCUAUUAUUUUACUUUGUAUCACAUAAUUUGGCCAGUAACUUCCCGUAUGGACAGUGAAAGUGUUGCUGUCUGACCACAUGUAUGGGCAAAUGAAUAACGCAUAUAAUUCUGAUUUAAAGGUGAAGUCCGGUCUGCAUGAUGCUCUGGUAUGUCAUAGAAGAGACCGUUGUUUGCUCUCUAUAGAGAUCAGACUUCACCUAUCUGACCCUCAUACGUGUCUUUGACAUCGUAUACCGUUGACGUAACAAAAUAUUUCUUUGACUGGAUUUCCCCUUUAAGUAUAGUGGGCGGAGACUCUAGGUCACGUGGUCAUGUAUUCCUCCAGAAAUGCUGGUAUGUGGCACAGAUACUGCCGCCAAGUGUACUGCCAUUCAUUCCAACAUAUACACAUCUGUUUCUGUAUUGCAGGAUAUGGAAACCCUGGCUCCAUGUAGCGGAGCUCGUAUCGAUGAGGACUGAAGUACAGCGAUAGCGCCCUUUCAUAUGGUGUUUGUUUCUGUUGUUCUAAUUUGCAUGAAAAAGGCGCCCGUUUCAAUUGUAACAGGCAUUUCUGGUGAUGUUUUUUAUUCAGUGUCAUUUCAUACAUGCGUUUUAAGGGGGGGGGGGGAGGUCCUAUAGAGAGGCCUAUGGGAAAAAAAAAUCUAGAGUAUACGGCCUUUUGGAAAGUAAUGUCACUGACUCCCCCCACAAAAGCCACAAAACAAAUAGUGGCUUUUACUAAUAGUGAUUUACUAAUCAAAAUUCAGACACACAUUAGAUAUUUUUUUGCGUCUCGCAUAACAAAAGGAUGCGUGGUUCAAAGGGAAAGGGCUGUGGUUUUGGCUUGGGAUGCUGCAAGAUGUGCCAAAAUUUGGGGGCAAAAUAUUGGCGCAAAGUAAACCAACCAAUAGAAAGUAUAGCGGUAGACAAAAGAGUCUAAAUGUGCACCAAAUAUAAUAAAUUUGCACUGCCGUGUCUUGGUCAUGCUGUCAAAACAUUAGACAGGAUUAGUAAAUCCUUCCCGUUGUAUGUAGUGCGUUUCAUACUGCACUCGACUUCAAAAUAACAUCUGGCCAGAAAAAAAUAAAAUCAAAACUCCCUGAAAAACACUGUGUGUGAAACCAGCCGUAUACAGGCCCCAGGUUUUAUUUGCAUCUCUAGUUGGCCAGGAAUAUUUUGCAUAUCUCCGCCCUCUGUCCAGUUUCCAGUCCCCACUAGAUGGCGUAUUCCUAUGUCAAGGUCUAUUCAACACCUCUGCUUGCUAUUUCCAGUGGAUGGUCCAUGGGUUAGGAAAGUUGUCAGACAUUCCUUUUAUGUCUUGUACCACUGUUAAUCUGUCAGACAUUCCCUUUAUUACUUUGUUAAUAACUUUUCGAGGCUCCACAUACUGAUGACCUAUCUUCAGGAAGUACAGCGCCUCAAAGUGUAGUAACCAUGCGGGUUACUGCUGCUCAGCUCCCAUAUAGAGGCUGUCCCGGGUUACUGCAGCACUGCUCCCAUAUAGUGGCUGUGCCGGGUUACUGCAGCUCUGCUCCCAUAUAGAGGCUGUGUCGGGGUUACUGCAGCACUGCUCCCAUAUAGUGGCUGUGCCGGGUUACUGCAGCUCAGCUCCCAUAUAGUGGCUGUGCCGGGUUACUGCGGCUCAGCUCCCAUAUAGUGGCUGUGCCAGGUUACUGCAGCACUGCUCCCAUAUAGAGGCUGUGCCGGGUUACUGCAGCUCUUCUCCCAUAUAGUGGCUGUGCCGGGUUACUGCAGCUCAGCUCCCAUAUAGUGGCUGUGCCGGGUUACUGCGGCUCAGCUCCCAUAUAGUGGCUGUGCCAGGUUACUGCAGCUCAGCUCCCAUAUAGAGGCUGUGCCGGGUUACUGCAGCUCUUCUCCCAUAUAGUGGCUGUGCCGGGCUACUGCAGCUCUUCUCCCAUAUGGUGGCUGUGCUGGGUUACUGCAGCUCAGCUCCCAUAUAGUGGCUGUGCCGGGUUACUGAGGCUCAGCUCCCAUAUAGUGGCUGUGCCGGGUUACUGCUGCUCAGCUCCCAUAUAGUGGCUGUGCCGGGUUACUCUAGCUCAGCUCCCAUAUAGUGGCCGUGCGGGGUUACUGCGGCUCAGCUCCCAUAUAGUGGCUGUGCCGGGUUACUGCUGCUCAGCUCCCAUAUAGUGGCUGUGCCGGGUUACUGCUGCUCAGCUCCCAUAUAGUGGCUGUGCCGGGUUACUCUAGCUCAGCUCCCAUAUAGUGGCCGUGCGGGGUUACUGCGGCUCAGCUCCCAUAUAGUGGCUGUGCUGGGUUACUGCUGCUCAGCUCCCAUAUAGUAGCUGUGCCGGGCUACUGCAGCACUGCUCCCAUAUAGUGGCUGUGCCGGGUUACUGCAGCUCUGCUCCCAUAUAGAGGCUGUGCCGGGGUUACUGCAGCACUGCUCCCAUAUAGUGGCUGUGCCGAGUUACUGCAGCUCAGCUCCCAUAUAGUGGCUGUGCCGGGUUACUGCGGCUCAGCUCCCAUAUAGUGGCUGUGCCAGGUUACUGCAGCUCAGCUCCCAUAUAGUGGCUGUGCCGGGUUACUGCUGCUCAGCUCCCAUAUAGAGGCUGUGCCGGGGUUACUGCAGCACUGCUCCCAUAUAGUGGCUGUGCCGGGCUACUGCAGCACUGCUCCCAUAUAGUGGCUGUGCGGGGUUACUGCGGCUCAGCUCCCAUAUAGUGGCUGUGCCGGGCUACUGCAGCACUGCUCCCAUAUAGUGGCUGUGACGGGGUUACUGCAGCACAGCUCCCAUAUAGCGGCUGUGCCGGGUUACUGCAGC